CGAGGUGUUCGCAUCGGUGCUCCGUGGCCUCACUCCUUGCAGGGACGCACUGAAGAUCACACACUCUGUGUGCACCGAAAUCUUGCGACGCAAUUCCAGUCGAUCGCGUGAAAUAGUGAUGUGUUGUGAUAAAAAAUGAUUCUCACCAGAAUCAACAGGUGAUCCUCGAAGACGCGCAGUGAUUCCUCGCGAGGAUUAACGUAAUCCUUGCACUUCCCCCAUCAAAUUUUGGAUUACUAAACGCACCUCCAGUCCAGCGACACCAAAAAGCAACACGCCAAGGGAUCUGCUGAAUAGAAUUGGAGAAGAAUAAGCAACAACUAAUUGCCUGCAAUAGAGGAAUACCACGAAAAGACCACGAAGAAUAAAAUUGUGUUUAAUAGUCAUUUCUUCUAACAAGCCUAUGAAUAUUGUGAGUGCUUCAGUGGAUUGAAAAAUUGGUGAGGCUUUUUUUUCUACAAUUGCCUAAUUGAUAAGAAUCUGCUGUGGUGUCUGUGAACGCGGAGAGACACAAGUGAAGCCAAGUGCGAAAAAGACAUUGUAAAGAAUUUAAUUUCCCUGGCAGAAAAUAGUCAAUCGAGUAAGAAAUCAAGAUGACUUGUGGUGUUUCCUUCGUCGAUCGAGCACUUAAUCGAUCGUUUUACAAAUUGGGCUUCUUCAUUGGCCGCCAUCCGGGGUAUUUUCUCAUCGUGCCAGUCCUCUUGGCUCUGCUCUGCAUGACAGGGUAUCAACAGAUUAAGUAUGAAAUUGAUCCAGAGUAUCUCUUCUCGCCCGUUCGCGGGGAGGGCAAAUCCGAGAGGGCAAUCGUGGAGCAGUACUUCAAAGUCAACUACACCCAUCGCUUCAAUGUGGGACGCAUAACACGACCAGGGCGAUUUGGGCGCGUGAUCGUGACGACGAAGGACGGGGAUGAGAACAUGCUGCGAAGGGAGGUGUUCCAGGAGCUGAGAAUCCUCGAUGGCAUCAUCCAGAACGCCACGGUGCACUACGACGGCGAGACCUUCACGUACCGCGACGCGUGCGCACGUUGGCAGAAUGAAUGCUUCACGAAUGACAUCCUCAACUUGGAUCACAUUAUGACUGAAAUCGAGACGGGGGAAUUAAAUUUAACCUUCCCGGUGAUGUUCAAUCCAGUCACGUGGGACGCGCAUGCAUUUCCUGUUUUCUUCGGCGGCACCAAACUCUCCGCCGAGAACACUAUCAUCAGCGUUCCGUCGAUACAACUCGUCUACUUUGUCACGGCAGACACAAAAAGGCAGGAUAUUAGAGGCGCUGAAUGGGAAGAGGCGUUUUUGGAGGCUGUGGGAAUCGCCCAAGACACGGGCGUCUUCAAGCACAUUUCAGUAGCUCGAUUUGCAUCACGGACACUCGAUCAUGAGUUGGAGAAGAACACACGAACUGUUGUGCCCUACUUCAGUUCCACCUUCGUUCUAAUGGCGAUUUUCAGCGUUCUGACCUGCAUGAUGGGCGAUUGUGUGCGAUCCAAGCCGUGGCUGGGCUUGAUGGGAAACAUUUCAGCGGUGAUGUCGACAAUGGCAGCUUUUGGCUUAGCCAUGUACCUCGGAAUUGAGUUCAUUGGAAUCAAUUUAGCGGCACCAUUCUUAAUGAUUGGCAUUGGAAUUGACGACACCUUUGUCAUGCUGGCGGCCUGGCGGCGGACAUCGGUGAAGGCCUCCGUGCCCGAGAGGAUGGGGCAAAUGCUGUCCGAGGCUGCGGUCUCCAUCACCAUCACGUCGUUCACGGACAUGAUCUCCUUCUGGAUAGGCAUCAUCUCGCCAUUCCCGUCCGUGAAAAUCUUCUGCACGUACAGCGGCUUCGCGGUGUGCUUCACGUACCUCUGGCACAUCACCUUCUUCGCCGGAUGCAUGGCCGUGUCCGGCUACAGGGAGCAUCGCAACCUGCACGCGAUUCUGGGCUUCAAAGUCUCGCCCGUCUCCGUGGCAAUCAAAGAGAAGCGGUCAUGGCUGUACAGAACCCUGUUCACGGGCGGCAUCAACCGCGAAGAUCCCGACAAUCCGCUGGACAAUCGCGAGCACAUGCUGAUGGCGUUCUUCAAGAACCACGUCGCCACACUGCUCAACAUGGGCUGGGUGAAGGCCUUUGUGAUCCUCGUCUUCGGCGCCUAUCUCCUUGGCGCCUGCUUCGGCCUCACGAAAAUCAAGGAGGGCCUGGAGAGGAGGAAACUCUCAAAGGCAGACUCCUAUUCAGUGGAAUUCUUCGAUCGUGAAGAUGACUUCUACCGCGAAUUUCCCUACAGGAUCCAAGUGAUCAUUGCUGGGGAACUCAACUAUUCCGACCCAGUGGUGCAGAAUCAAAUCGAAACCCUGACACAGAGCCUGGAGAAUACGUCUUACGUGACAACGUCCCUUUACACCGAGUCCUGGAUCCGAUCCUUCCUGUCCUACAUCGAACGGAACGGGGACUAUCUCAAUGUCACGAUAGACAAUGAGCAAAGCUUCAUAGACACGCUCAAAGAAUUGUGGCUCUUUCCGGGAAAUCCCUUCUCACUGGACGUGAAAUUCAACGAGGACGAAACGAAGAUCCUUGCCUCGCGAUUCCUCAUCCAGGCUGUGAACAUCAGCGACACGAAUCACGAGAAGCAGAUGGUGAAGGAUCUGCGACAGAUUUGCAAGAACUCUCCGCUGAACGCCACCGUCUUUCAUCCCUACUUCGUGUUCUUCGACCAAUUCGAACUGGUGCGUCCCACGUCCAUCCAGAGCAUGGUCAUCGGCGCCAUGAUCAUGAUGCUGAUCAGCUUCAUCUUCAUCCCCAACUUCCUGUGCUCUCUCUGGGUGGCAUUCAGCAUUGUGUCCAUCGAACUCGGCGUGGCUGGUUACAUGUCACUGUGGGAUGUGAAUCUGGACAGCAUCUCCAUGAUAAAUCUCAUCAUGUGCAUCGGCUUCUCGGUGGACUUCACCGCACACAUUUGCUACACAUACAUGUCGUCCAAAGCGAAGAACCCGGACGAUCGCGUGCGUGAGGCUCUCUAUUCGCUGGGAUUACCCAUUUGUCAGGGCUCCUUCAGCACGAUCCUGGGCGUAGUGGCUCUGCUGCUCGCCGACAGCUACAUCUUCCUCGUCUUCUUCAAGAUGGUCUUCCUGGUGAUAUUCUUCGGUGCCAUGCACGGCCUCUUCCUGCUCCCAGUGCUGCUGUCACUCUUCGGGCCCGGCUCCUGCUGCGCCUCCAAGUCAACGGAGAAGGAGAUGAAGCUGUCCGCGGUGGAGAAAUCCUACCCACAUCCUUACUGCAUUCCUCAUCCGCAGCUCGCGCUCACUGGUCCCUUCGGCAGCAAGAACUUCCUGGGCGCGCCCUACAAAGCCUACGGAGACGACAAGGAUUUGGGCAUUGGCACUUCUGGUGAGGAUUCCAGCGAGAGCAGCAGUAGCAAAUCUCAGCGGCGCCAGGCCAUCGAAGACGAGAACACGAGGAGACGCUAUGAGGAAGGGUGGCGAAGAUCCUGGCACAACGUGGCGGCCAACGGGUCAUCACCCAGUCAAUUCCAGCCGCCCAUCAUCGACAUCUACGGCCACGAGUCCGAGCGCCUCUGGGCGACGGGGAGGCGCUUCUACGACGACUCCUACCUCACGCAGAGGCGCAAUGAGGCCACGUACAGGCGCAACUCUGACGAGAGGACGACGCAGUACAGGACAAAGUACGGCGAACACGACGAUCUGCGGUACUUCUACGAGCCCGACACGCAGAGACGCCGCUACUCGGACGAGACGAAGAGGCGCACGAAUGAGGAGCGACGCCCCAGACGAUACUCGCCGCCCGAGGGCAUCUACAAGCAGAACCUCAACAGAUCCACGUCACAACACAACCUGUACUACUCCAGGCAGCCGCAGAGGAGCAACUCGCAGCACAGUUUACGCCACAUGGGCGACAUGCGAUUUCCCUGAC